UGGUGAUCAGUAAAUCGUCGUAUGUCGAGCACGACGGACGAGAAACGGGAAUUAGCUUUACAAGCAAAAUGAUUGUUUUAAUUUACUUGGUGCUGGCGAUCUCAUCGCUCCUGGCCUACCUGUACCACCGCAACUUCAACUACUGGAAGCGGCGCGGAGUGGCCCACGAUACCCCCCAUCCUCUCUAUGGAAAUAUGGUCGGGUUUCGGAAGGAUCGCGUGAUGCACGACUUCUUCUACGACUACUACAACAAGUACCGGAAGAGCGGAAACCCCUUCGUAGGCUUCUACUUCCUCCACAAGCCGGCGGCCUUUAUCAUAGACCCCAAGCUGGCCAAGAACAUACUGAUCAAGGACUUCUCCAACUUCGCCGACCGCGGGCAGUUCCACAACGAUCGCGACGAUCCGCUCACACAGCACCUGUUCAACCUGGAUGGGAAGAAGUGGAAGGACAUGCGCCAGCGGCUGUCGCCCACCUUCACCUCGGGCAAGAUGAAGUACAUGUUCCCCACGGUGAUCAAGGUGUCCGAGGAGUUUGUCAAGGUGAUGAAUGAGCAGGUGCCCGACACCCAGAACGGAGCUGUCCUCGAGAUUAAGGAACUGAUGGCCAGGUUCACCACCGAUGUUAUUGGUACGUGUGCCUUCGGCAUCGAGUGCAAUACCCUCCGUAAUCCCGUCAGCGAUUUCCGCACCAUGGGUCAGAAGGUGUUCACCGACCUACGUCAUGGAAAGCUCAUAACCAUGUUCAUGUUCAGUUUUCCCAAUCUGGCUAGAAAGCUAAGAAUGCGCAUUAUGCCCGAGGACGUGCAUCAGUUCUUUAUGCGUCUGGUAGAAGACACGAUUGCCAUCAGGGAGCAGGAGAACUUCAAGAGGAACGACUUCAUGAACCUGCUCAUCGAGCUGAAGCAGAAGGGUACUGUCACCCUGGAGAACGGAGAGGUGAUCGAAGCCAUGGACAUCGGCGAGCUGGCCGCCCAGGUGUUUGUCUUCUAUGUGGCAGGCUUUGAGACCUCCUCCUCGACCAUGAGCUACUGCCUCUACGAGUUGGCCCAAAACCAGGACAUUCAGGACCGGCUGAGGAGCGAAAUCCAGACGGUGCUGGAGGAGCACGAGGGGAAGCUGACCUACGAGUCCAUUAAGGCAAUGCGCUACUUGAACCAAGUCAUCUCAGAGACCCUGAGGAUGUACACUUUGGUGCCUCACCUGGAGCGAAAGGCUCUCAACGACUACGUGGUGCCGGGUAAUCCCAAGUUCGUGAUCGAGAAGGGCACUCAGGUCCUGAUUCCUGCCUGUGCCUACCAUCGCGACGAGGAUCUGUACCCAGAUCCCGAAACCUUCGAUCCGGAACGCUUCUCUCCGGAGAAAGUGGCCAGCCGCGACUCCGUGGAGUGGCUGCCCUUCGGCGACGGACCGAGGAACUGCAUCGGAAUGCGGUUUGGCCAGAUGCAGGCCCGCAUCGGCCUGGCCCAGAUCAUCCGCCGGUUCAAGCUGUCCGUUUGCGACCAGACUGAGUUCCCACUGAAGUACACCCCCAUGUCCAUAGUGUUGGGGACCGUGGGAGGCAUCCACUUGCGGAUGGAGCGCAUCUAAAAUGCACUACCUGAGUGCUCUUGUAUAUAUGGUUUAGUCACAAGUGAUAUAUAAAAUAGGGUAAGCAUUAUGUUUUAAAAGACUUGAAGUAACAUUAGUGUGCAUUAUCUUUGACUGAACUCCACCUUUUAUCAAACAAAUACAUAUGUUUAACCAAAUUAAUGAAUUUUACUACUACACAUAUAAAUGAUUAAUGCUGUUUAGCCCUUCAUUGGCGCUUUUGUUAUUUUGUGUCCCGCAAAUCGUUUAAAAAUUAAAUCAACUGAAAAUCAAUAUUAAUUCAAAUAAUAUAGUGAAUAACCUCA